ACAGAAUCCAACUACCGGGGAGAGAGUUUUUUUCUUUUUUUUCUUCUUUCCUUUUUCUUUUUUCUUUUUUUUUUUUCCCCUGGUCAUCGUCUCAGAGGCUGAGAAAGGGGGAAGAGAAAGAAGGAGAGCGAGAGAAAGAGGAGCCUUUUCCAAAUAAUAAUUAUUAUAAUUAGAAUCCGGCCCCUUUCUCCUUUAAAAAAAAAAAGCCCUAAACGCAGCGCCUCGUCCCCCCUCCCUCUCCAAGCCCCCCGACUCGCUCCGCAAAGGCAUGGAGAAGGGGACUAACUGCUUUCCGACCUGCCACACCGUUUUUCUCGCCUGGACAUGGCUCUUACUUCUCUCUUGGUGUUGCACCGGCGCCGAAAUAACUUGCAGAUCCUGCUCGUCUCCAUCGCCCUCCUGGCCGUCCUCCUCGUCUCGCCUUAGGCAGGAGCAGCGACAGCCGCCGCCGCCGCGAGGAUUACGGAGCUGGCCGGGCGGCCGAGCGCGGGGCUCAGCCGGGGCGGCGGCCGCCGCGGAGCCGCUGCCGGGCGGGGAGCCGGGGGGCCGCGCGGGGCCGCGGGGAGCGGCGCUCCGCUCGGCGGGGGCGGGCGGCGGCGCGCCCGGGGGCCGGGGCCCGGGCCCGGCGGCGCCGCGGAUCCGGCGGAGCAGCGAGGGGCGCCGGGCGCUGCCGGCGGGCGGUGGCCAGGGGGUGCCCGCGGCCGAGGGGCAGCGCGGCGGCCGGGCUCAGCCCCGCGGGCCCCUGGAGGAGGGGAGAGCGGCGCGGCUGCGAGGGGCAGAGGAGCUGAGGCUGAGCAGCACCACCUUCGCGCUCACCGGGGAUGCGGCGCACAACCAAGCCAUGGUGCACUGGUCCGGGCACAACAGCAGCGUGAUUCUCAUUCUGACAAAGCUCUACGACUUCAACUUGGGGAGUGUUACGGAGAGUUCACUGUGGAGGUCAACAGACUAUGGCACUACCUAUGAAAAGCUAAAUGACAAAGUAGGCCUGAAGACUGUGCUGAGCUACCUUUAUGUCAGUCCCACUAACAAGAGGAAGAUCAUGCUUCUUAGUGAUCCAGAGAUUGAGAGCAGCAUCCUCAUCAGCUCUGAUGAAGGGGCGACCUACCAGAAGUACCGUCUGAACUUCUAUAUCCAGAGCUUGCUCUUCCACCCCAAGCAGGAGGAGUGGAUCUUGGCCUACAGUCUGGAUCAAAAGCUGUACAGCUCCAUGGACUUUGGAAGAAAAUGGCAGCUCAUGCAUGAGCGGGUCACUCCAAACAGGUUUUACUGGUCAGUGACGGGCUUGGAUAAAGAACCUGACCUUGUGCACAUGGAAGCCCGAACAGCUGAUGGACACACCCACUAUUUGACCUGUCGGAUCCAGGAGUGCUCUGAGACCAAAAGGAGUGGGCCAUUUUCGCGCUCCAUUGACAUCAGCUCCCUUGUUGUUCAGGACGAAUAUAUCUUCAUCCAGGUGACAGCUGGUGGAAGAGCAAAUUACUAUGUGUCAUACAGACGGGAGCCUUUCGCACAGAUUAAAUUGCCCAAAUACUCUCUUCCUAAGGACAUGCAUAUUAUCAGCACCGAUGAGAAUCAGGUGUUUGCAGCUGUUCAAGAGUGGAACCAAAAUGACACGUACAAUCUGUAUAUCUCGGACACCCGAGGGGUGUACUUCACCCUGGCCUUGGAAAACGUGAAAAGCAGUCGAGGACUGGAGGGGAAUAUCAUCAUUGACCUUUAUGAGGUAGCAGGGAUCAAAGGCAUAUUCCUGGCUAACAGGAAGAUAGAUGACCAAAUCAAGACUUUCAUUACCUAUAAUAAGGGCAGAGACUGGCGUUUGCUGCAGGCACCGGACACCGAUCUAAGAGGGGAUCCUGUAGUUUGCCAGUUGCCCUUUUGCUCAUUGCACUUACAUCUGCAACUCUCAGAAAAUCCCUAUACUUCAGGAAGCAUUUCCAGCAAAGAGACAGCUCCUGGGCUGCUGGUGGCAACAGGCAAUAUUGGCUCUGAGCUUUCCUACACUGAUGUUGGCGUGUUCAUAUCUUCUGAUGGUGGAAAUUCCUGGAGACAGAUCUUCGAGGAGGAAUACAAUGUGUGGUUUCUGGACUGGGGAGGGGCACUAGUGGCCAUGAAACACACGUCAGUGCCCAUCCGGCACAUGUGGGUGAGUUUUGAUGAGGGAAGAUCCUGGAGUAAAUACAGUUUCACAUCAACACCACUUUUUGUGGAUGGAUCUCUUGUAGACCCUGGCAUAGAGACCCAGAUAAUGACAGUUUUUGGGCACUUCAGUCUCCGUUCUGAAUGGCAGCUGGUCAAGGUGGACUACAAGUCUGUUUUCAGCCGGAGGUGUAACAAAGACGACUACCAAACAUGGCAUCUGCACAAUCAGGGGGAGCCUUGUGUCAUGGGAGAGAGGAAGAUCUAUAAAAAACGCAAGCCUGGAGCCCAGUGUUCCCUAGGUCGGGACUAUUCCCAAACUGUGGUGUCUGAACCAUGUGUCUGUGGUCAAGGGGACUUUGAGUGUGACUAUGGGUAUGAGAGGCACAGCAACAACCAGUGUGUCCCAGCCUUCUGGUUCAGCCCAUCCUUCCUGUCCAAGGACUGCAGCAUUGGUCAGAGCUACUUGAACAGCAGUGGGUACCGAAGGAUUGUGUCUAACAACUGCACAGAUGGCUUGCAAGAGAAGUACAUGGCCAAGAUGGAGAAAUGCCCUGGAAAAGCACCUCGGGGACUGCACAUCCUCACUACUGAUGGAAAAUUGGUCACGGAGCAGGGACACAAUGCCACCUUCAUCAUCCUUAUGGAAGAGGGCGAUCUCCAGAGGACAAACAUUCAGCUUGAUUUUGGAGACGGCAUUGCAGUAUCCUAUGCUAAUUUCAGUCCUGUUGAGGAUGGCAUCCGGCAUGUCUAUAAGAGUGCUGGGAUCUUUCAGGUGACAGCAUAUGCAGAGAACAGCAUGGGCUCUGACACUGCUGUCCUCUUCCUGCAUGUGGUCUGUCCAGUGGAGCACGUCCAUCUGAGCGUCCCCUUUGUCGCCAUCAGAAAUAAAGAUGUCAACAUUACUGCAGUAGUUUGGCCCAGCCAGGCAGGCACGCUUACCUACUUCUGGUGGUUUGGUAACAGCACCAAGCCCCUCAUCACCUUGGAGAGCAGCAUCUCAUACAUCUUCGCCAUGGAGGGGAUGAACACUGUCACUGUGCAGGUUUCUGCGGGCAGCACCCUCAUCCAAGACACCAAGGAGAUCGCAGUACAUGAGUAUUUCCAAUCUCAGCUCCUGUCAUUUUCUCCCAACUUGGACUAUCAUAACCCUGAUAUCCCUGAAUGGAGACAAGACAUUGGCAAAGUCAUCAAGAGAGCUCUAGCGCAGGUGACUGGUAUCCCUGAUGAACAGAUCUUAGUAGCUGUUUUUCCUGGGCUGCCUACUUCUGCUGAACUCUUCAUACUUCCCCAUAAAAACACAACAGAGAGGAGGAAAAGCAGUGAGGCUGAUCUGGAGCAAGUGGUAGAAAUCCUUUUUAAUGCUCUCAACCAGAACCUGGUCCAGUUUGAACUGAAGCCUGGUGUUGAAGUCAUUGUAUAUGUUACUCAGUUAACAUUAGCACCCCUUGUUGAUUCCAGCACGGGUCAUAGCAGUUCGGCAAUGCUGAUGUUGUUGUCUGUGGUGUUUGUAGGCUUGGCUGUUUUUUUAAUCUACAAAUUCAAGAGGAAAAUCCCUUGGAUUAACAUCUAUGCCCAAGUUCAGCAUGACAAGGAGCAGGAAAUGAUUGGCUCUGUCAGCCAAAGUGAAAAUGCCCCCAAAAUCACUCUGAAUGAGUUCACAGACCCUGAGGAGCUGAUGGACAAAGAACUGGACACGCGAGUGAUGGGAAGCAUCUCAACAAUUGCCAACAGUGAAAGCACAAAGGAAAUCCCCAACUGCACUAGUGUUUAAUACUGAGAAUCCACUUGGUCUACAACAUUUCUGACUUUUUAUUUGUAAUUAUUAUUGUUAUAAUAAUUAUUAUUAUUAUUAAAAAAGAAAGAGUUAUAUGUCAUUAUUA